AUGUUUGAUAUUGCUUAUCAGCCAGCUAAAAUCCCCCAAGUUCCGAUUGAGCCGUCAAAUAUGUUACAAAGUUAUCAUCCAACUCUCUUUAAACGAGCCAUGAUUGAUAACACUUGUACAGAUGAACAGAGAGCUGUUAUAGCGCGAGCAGCUGCUAACUGCCGUACCCUUGCUCAGUUCGGAGCAUCCGCUGCGAAAACUGACAAAGAAAGAGUACUCAAAUACUUCAAAACCAGCAAUCCUAGGAGUAUAAGUACUAUUGUCAAGACCUACGAGAAUGCCUACCGUGAAUGCGAUAUUUCCCGCGGCGAGAACAUUAUAACUUGUCAUGAUGGUAUUCAUGGUUGCGACGACGAAAUUAGCGACUAUCGAGUCUCUUAUACAAUCGCUCAUACACACGCAAACCAGAACAAAAUCACGAUAUGCCCGUUUUUCUUUCAAUUGCCAGCCACUGCCUCAAUCUACAAGGAAAGAUCGCAGGCCAAUGCUUUGCUACACGAGGUUACACACUUGAGAAGCGUGAAAGGAACCGAGGACUAUUCAAGCCGGGGACAUCGAGACAUAAUGGAACUUACAGAGAGCCAAAACUUAAACCACGCCGAUACUUACGCUUACUUUGUCGAAGCUGCCAGACUAAAAAGUCCAAUCGUUGAUGUCGAUGAUCCUAAAGAUCCUGAAGAUCCAAUGUCAUGUACAUAG